UUUAAAUAAAUUCCCUUAAAAAAAAAAAGAGGGUGGGGGGAUCGACGAGGCUUGAUCUUUUUGGUAGCUUUCGUACGAAACCAUGUCAAAGCAGGAAUUGUCCCCUUUCUCCUAUAACCCCAGCUGUGUAAUGGGUCAAUACCACCUUCGAUUGCCCUUUUCUACGUAACAGCUAGCGUUUCCGAAGCUUGAGUUUUCUUGAUUAGAUCUAGUCAAAAUUGGAGACCCAUUGGGGGAAGGCUUCGAGCUUUGGAUGGGGGAGGGUUCCUUUUUCACAUUUGGCGAUUCAAGAAAUUUCAUCCAAAACCGCGAUAAGGGGUGCCACGGCUCCGACUGCCAAUUGCGGUGGAAGCUCCUGUGACAUUCGGUGGUGGUUCACCUGGGCGACGUAGUCUUCCCAUAUUUUCGGUUGAUCAGAUUCAUCGUUCUGUCGCUUCCACGGAAGAUUGAAGAUUAAUUCUGGGUUUUGGUUGUUUCCUCGGAUUUUGAUUGCAAGAUUGCUUUUUUGGUCGAUUUCCGUUUGUGGAGUCAAUUUGGGCCCUGAGAUUUGAGGAUAUCUGAGGUUUACAUAAGUUGAGAGUGAGCCUGGGAGGAGGUUGCAGGAUUAGAGCUUGUCUGCCAUUUCGGGUGAUGAGAGCCUGAGGAGGUUUGUGCUCUGAUACUGUGAGGUUCUGAGGCAUUUAUCAGAUGAAAAGGAUAGUGUAUGCUAAAAAUGAUCCAGAAGCAGAAAUGUCUCAGAGGAGUGGGCUGUCUCAUCUUCCUGGUUACUCUACUCUGCCCGUCGGUCGCGAGGUUGGAGGAAGUGCCUUCGGACUAUAUACUUGAUUGGGCUUCUCUCAAGAUUGACCAGGACACGGCAGAGCUGCUGUGGGUCAAUUGUAGGGCAGAGUUGGUUCGUCUAAGGGACACCAUUGAAGACCUUGAUCUAUGCUUUCCACACAAAGUGCCCAACAGUAGGAGCGAUAGUGACAGAUACGAAUGUGUGUCAUUUUCGAAAGGAAAUAUCCGGGAAUUUCUGAAUGCUGUGCACCCCGAGUUGAAGAUCAACAUUGUGGAUUGUUUGAGAAGGAAUAGCCUUCCAUUUCAUGUUUCUGGAGAUGAGGUUGUCCCUAACCAUUGGUACUCUGAGUAUCUCGAGUCCGUGUCUUCUAGGUUCGAUACUCGUAGGCGGUCAUUGGCAGCUUCACCACCAAAAGGAGUUGCCAGAGCACUGGAACCAGGGACUGUUGAGUCACCUGGUUCAAGCCCAUCUCCUUCCCAUUCCCUAGAUCCAGAGUCUCCCCCACCUCCUCCAACUCCAAAGAAGCCGUUUUUCCCGCCGAGCUCUGAUGCGCUGAGCCCAAAAGCUAGUGUGAGCCAAAAAAAUUCUUCUUCGGGUCAAGGUGCCAGAUCAAAUGCACAGAGCAGUAAGGAAGAUAGCAACAAAAGAGCGAUUCUAAUCGCAGUCAUUGUUACGGCUUCAGUCACAUUUCUCCUUGCAACAUUACUGUUCCUAUGCUACAACAAAGUUUGUAGGGGCAGAUCACGCCGCGGUCAAAAUGAUGAGAGGCCCCUUCUCAGCCUGAGCAUGACUGACUACUCUGUUGGUUCUUCAUAUAAGCCCUAUGGUGGUUAUAUGAAUUCGAUCAAGGAAGAGAAGUCCAAUGAAAAUAUUCCUUCUAAAGCUUCUGAUGGAGGAGUCACUGCUGGUGUGGGUGGCUCCACAUUGGGCAUCGCAUUAGGGUGGGAGUCCUUUGAGUCACCGCAUGCAAAUGGGAAUGGACAGGUCUCCGCUUUUCCACCAUUAAAGCCACCUCCAGGAAGGAUGGCUUCGAAUACUGGUUUUCUAAAGCCACCCCCAGGUAGGGCCGAUCCUCUCCCUCAUGAGCCACCGGCUCCCCCUAAGCCGCCCACAAAGAGCGGUCCUCCCCCACCGCCUCCUCCACCUGGACCGAAACCAGUCGCCGCAAAUGUGGCCGCUAAACCGCCUGGACCACCACCUCCUCCACCACCUGCACGUGGUGGACCCAAACCAGGACCCCCACCACCGCCACCACCGAAGAGCAGUGGCCCUUCCGCUCCUAGGCCACCUCAACCUCCAGGAGGAGGUUCGAAGAUUGCUCGCCCUCUACCUGUUGCUCCAAAGACACCGGGGGGAGGAGUUUCAUCGGAGGAUGACGACGAUGCCCCAAAAACCAAAUUGAAGCCAUUCUUCUGGGAUAAAGUUCUUGCGAACCCUGAUCAUUCUAUGGUCUGGCAUCAGAUUAAAUCAGGAUCGUUCCAGUUUAAUGAAGAGAUGAUUGAAAGCCUAUUUGGGUAUGCAGCCCCUGAUAAAGGCAAAACUAAUAAUAGGAAGGACUCAUCUUCACAGGAUUCUGCAUCUCCAUUUGUGCAGAUUAUUGAUCCUAAAAAGGCACAGAAUCUUGCAAUCCUUUUGCGAGCGCUGAAUGUGACAAUUGAAGAAGUCUGUGAUGCACUUCAUGAAGGAAAUGAGCUCCCAACAGAGUUUGUUCAGACUUUGCUGAAGAUGACCCCAACAGCUGAUGAAGAACUAAAGCUCAGGCUCUACAAUGGCGAACUUUCUCAACUGGGACCUGCUGAUCGGUUUCUUAAAACUCUCGUUGGCAUUCCAUUUGCUUUCAAACGGAUAGAAGCAUUACUCUUAAUGAGCACUCUUCAAGAGGAGGUUACAUCCACCAAAGAGUCUUUCGAGACUCUGGAGGUGGCAUGCAAGGAACUCAGAAACAGCAGGCUAUUCCUGAAGCUCCUUGAAGCAGUCCUUAAGACAGGGAACAGAAUGAAUGAUGGAACAUUUCGAGGCGGAGCACAGGCUUUUAAGCUCGACACACUUUUGAAACUCUCAGACGUGAAAGGUACUGAUGGAAAGACCACUCUGCUGCACUUUGUUGUUCAAGAGAUAAUCCGAUCAGAAGGCGUAAGAGCUGUUCGUGUUGCUCGAGAAAGCUCAAGCUUAUCGAGUUUUAAAUCAGACGAUCUCCUUGAGGACGCUCCUAAUGAAACAGAAGAGUACUACCGAAGCCUUGGGCUUCAGGCUGUUUCGGGCUUGGGAGGAGAGCUCGAGAACGUGAAGAAGGCAGCUGCUAUUGAUGCUGAUACAUUAACGGGCACCGUAGCAAAGUUGGGCCAUGCUCUGUUGAAAACCCGGAAUUUCCUGAGUACUGAUAUGAAGAAUUUGGAAGAAGAAAGUGGGUUCCACAAAGCUCUGAAGAGCUUUGUGCAGAAUGCAGAAAUUGACGUCACGUGGUUGCUGGAGGAAGAGAAGAGGAUAAUGGCUCUUGUGAAGAGCACAGGUGACUACUUCCACGGGAACGCAGGGAAGGACGAGGGGUUGAGAUUGUUCGUGAUAGUUAGAGAUUUCUUGAUCAUGUUGGAAAAGGUGUGCAAAGAGGUGAGCAACGCGCCUCGGAGGCCUGUGAAGCCACAGAAGAAAGAAAAUGGGCCUGCUUCGACUCCGUCAGUCUCUGACUCACGGCAAGCUGCUUCCCCUGAUCUCCGCCAGCGUCUCUUCCCUGCAAUCCAGGAGCGGCGUUUCAGUGAUUCCAGCUCCGAUGAUGAGAGUUGAGCGAGAUCCAAUUGAAUGCGGAAGCCAUGUGCAUGGAAAAAGGAAUCUGACUUCAGGCCUUGAGCUCCAAUCUAUUCAAAGGUCAGAUCCAAGGAGAGAGCCCACAGCAUCCUUCAAGGAGGAAACAAAGCUCAUUGGCUCGAGAACUCGGUGUUUUACAGUUUGGGAUCGAAGGCCUCAUGGGGCAGUGAACGAUGGUUUUACUGCCCGACUUUGUGCACUAGUAAGUUAGGUGAUUCGGGGUCCUCCUAUUUAUUUUUGCCUUCAAUUUUUCUCUGGGAAGAAAUUAUUUGUUGAUAAUUUUUUACCAUCUAGAUUCUAAAGUAGAAUAAGUAGGGAUAAUUUUUUACCAACUAGAUUCUAUAGUAGAAUAGUAGUGCAGCAUUUUGGAGUGUUUUGUGUUCAACAUUCUGUGAUCGCUCGAUUGAACUCGAAUGUCUAACCAUUCUCAGAUCCCGAUGUACUAAAAUAUCAUAAGUUGUCUGAUGCAAUUGCUGGCAA